AUGGGCGGUAACGCCUUCGGCACGCCCGCCGUUCCCCUCAUACCAUGGGCGUACGACCGGCUCCUCGCGCACAUCACGCAGGCGCUGAGUGGGCUGGAGCUCGCCGUUCCUCCCCCGUUGCCGAAAGAAGAGCACGGAGACGUCGACGUGCUUGUCUCCUCGUCCCUGGCCGACUUCGAGGGAGACAGCAAGGGCAAGCCAGCGGCGAGCUACACGGAUAUCGCGCAACUGGAAAGCUUAGGAGAUGUGGACAGCGUAUGCUCAGAGCUCUGCAGGAGGAUGGGCGGGACGAUGUGGACCCGGUUCGGGCGGGUCGUUAGUGUCGCCGUACCGCUCUCGAUCGCCUUGCCAUCCGUCCCACCCCCCGAUCCCGACGAGUUCCACCAAGUCGACCUCAUCCUCGUCCCGCCUCGCUCACUGGCCUGGGCGCAGAUGGAAAUGACAUACGGCCAGGCUCCGCAGCUGCUCAAGCACCUCUGCCGCACCGCGGCAGGGGGCAGGAUGAGCGUGCAAGCGACGCAUCUGGGAUUCUUAUGCCAAGGGCCGCAGAAACGUCGGCUGGAAAUCGAACUCACGACUUCGCCUGCUCAGCUCUGCGCCUGGCUCGGAUUGAAGCCUUACGAUCCGCACACCUUUCACAACACCUCUGUCACAUCGCCCACAACCGACGGAGUAGGGACAGGAACAGCAGCAGAGAUAGCGAGGAUGGAGCCGCUCUUCGCUUGGCUCGGUUCUGCCCCGCCCGCAUCUCUAGCAGGAAGGGCGUACGCCCGCCUCGUGGAGCAGUGGGAACAUGGCGGCCUCGUUCGGCGUACUGGGAUGGUUCCGCCUUUGAGCAAUCGGCAGAAGAAGAUGAAGUACGACGACGACGUGGCUGAGACGUUCUGCAGGUGGCUCGCAGAGCAUCGCAGAGGCGGAACGGGCGAGGAUCUGCCCAGCAGGGAGGAGGAGAACGUCGACGAGGACUUACAGGUGUGCCGGGCCAGGUGUCCGGAACUCGGCGACGAGGCAAUCCGCACCUUGCUCUUCUUUGACAAGAUGGAGACGUACCUCGCCACCAGGGCGUAG